AAUGGAUGAAUAUCACUGUAUGUUACAGGGCGGACACACGAAGAUAUAUUUUGGACGUGGGGGACAUCUGGAAUUCAUGCUAGGUAUUCUUUAUUUUGUGCUCAUUUACGGGAGAAGUAGAGAUCACUAAACAACAACCUAACCGAAUAAUUGGUAUCCGAGACCUCGACUGUCCAACUAAACUCUACACAAAAUGCUUACAAACUCAAGACAAGCCUAUCUCCUUCAUUCGAACACCUGAUUACACAACAACCAUGAACUACCAAGUCCUGAUCACCGAUGAGCAAGAUGCAAAGGUUGCCAGAAAGCGACGAGCCGUGUACCUCCGACCUUUCCUACUAUUCUGGCUCAAUUCCCUCUUCGCCGAAGUCAUCUUCCUGGCCGUCGGCGUCUUCAUCAUGACCGGAACUCGCGACCUGAUUUACAAAAUCCUGUGGACGCUGGUCUUUUGUCCAUUAGGCAUGGGCGGAGCGAUGGGUGGCCUCACAAACUGCUUCAUUGUCGACCAUUAUUACGGAAAGAAGGCGGCUCAUUUCACGGGGAUUCUGGCAUUGCUUGUUUUGAGUAGCUGCAACUAUCUAUGCUACAACCUGGACAAGCAUUUUGGGUGGUUUGGGGCCUCGGAUCAUCCGUGGUGGUUUCAUUGGCGGUAUCCUAUGAUCUGGGCGGUUGGCUACUCCAAUGGACUUCUUUUGUUCACGGAUAAGGGCCAAAAGAGGCUUGCUGGAAUGGGUCUCUGAGCUGCGAGAGCCGGCCGGCUUCAGACUAUUUGGAAGACUGUCUUCGGAUGGGGAUAGUUGAUGAUACAGGUUUCACCGGUGCCAGAGCAAGAGAGGUUGAGG